AAUAACGAUUUUUCAAAAAUGGCCAGAAAAUUUAUCAUUAUUUAUUUUACCUUGAUUUUAUUAUCAUUACUUUUUCUGGGGGCUAAUCCAGUCCUUGUAAAAACUGCAUAUCAAAACGGUGACGAAUAUCCCAGAGGAUGUUCAUACUUGAGAUGUGCAAAAGGAGAUCAGUGUGUGAAUCGAAAAUUUUGGUGCAAAAAUCCACCCUGUCCAAGUAUGCUGUACUGUUCGAAAUCGAGAAAAGAAUCCCUAAAGGGUCCAUCGAGCUGCGAGUCUGUACGUUGUAGCAAGGGAUACGUAUGCCUUGUACGAGCGCGUCAUUGUCGCUGGGAUCAAAAAUGCAGACAACAAAUAGCCAGGUGCGUCUCAGAACGCGAGUAUUACGAAGGUGCAACGUCCUGCGCUGAUUUUAGAUGUCCCGAAGGACAUCAGUGCAUCCUGCGCGAAUCGCUCUGCGCACGACCACCAUGUAAAUUGCUGAAAAGCUGUGCAAAGUUCAAAGACGUGCAGAUAUGGUUCGACCUGUGUAAAAAUCGAGGAUGUCCUUCCGAACAUGAGUGCUUCUUGAGGAAACCAUUUGAAAAAUGCUCUCCAUCGCCAUGCAAGCACACGCCUGACUGUUCAAGCACAGAUGAUACGGAGAAGGAAGGAUCUGGUAACGAGUAUUGCAGAGGCUGGGUAUGUCCUCGAGGGCAAAAAUGUUCGGCACAUAUAAAGGAACCUUGCAAGCUUGAAAGUUGCAAAAUAAUACGAUCCUGUCAUGGUCCUUUGCUCCUGCCAGAGAAUCAGCCAGCGAAUAGUGGGACUUCGUCCUGGAAGCCAGCCAAGUAUCAGCCAGUUACCGUAAUUCCAACGCCGCCUAGCAGUGCUCGGAACGGGGAAACGAAAAAUCGAAAGACCUUGACGCAAUUGGAACGAGAGUUUAUUCAGCGGGAUCGGAAUAAAGGGAAACCAUUGUCAUCGACGUCGGCGACUAUUGGAGCAACAACAAACGCACCGAGAAUGAGAUAUACUGAUUUACGUAAUACCUUGCAACAACGUGACAACUUUGGGAUCUAUCGGGAAUCGAACCAAUUGAAUGACGUCAUCUCUACUGUAUCAACUAAGACGGCGAUGGGAGUCGAUGGAGAAAAUCUUGUUUACAAUGAACCGAAUUCCGUCGUUACGACGAUAAAACCGACGUCAAUGACUCCGUUGUCAUCUGGCAUUUUGCAAAGUCCGACGUCGACGUCUCUGUCGUCAUGGUUGAGUCAUCUGAAAUUAAAAACUGGAAUUGAUGCAAUCGAACAAUGGGUGAAAAAUGCACAAAAAAGAAAGCAUUAUCCGCAAUUCGAAGAAUGGUUGAAAUCCGUUAAAGAACUUCUUGGUCCUCCAAUUUUUGAAACUUGGUUGGAAGAAGUUCGAUCGUUAACGCAUGAAAAUCCUGAAUUUCAAGAAUGGCUGCCAAAGCCUAGAUACCAAAUUUUGGACUCUCAUCAUUUCUAUGAUCCCGACUCGAGAAAGGCGGACAUGGAGAACGAGGGAUUAACAGUUUUUCCUACAUUAGAAAGGGUAAAGGAACGAUCUAAUGAGAAUUUAAUUAGAAAAAAUAACGAAAAAGAGCGCUCCUCCAGUACGGUACCAGAUUACUAUAGUUUUUCAUCGAAACGCAAAAACGAAUCUGAACGAUUUUUAGCGAAUUUUCCCGAAAACGUGGUGAAAUAUAAUCAAAACUUUCAUAGUGUCUUCAGAAACGCACGUCUGUCAACUACGACAACCACCACAGCUGCCACACCUUCGAACUCUGCAUGGUGGAUGAAGCACGAGAUUCCAUCUGAUCGUAUUAUUCAUAACAAUUCACUUAGUCAAGUGUCAUCUGAAAAUUCUGUCAUUUAUCCUCAAAAGUUGCCAACCAUCGCCACUACCAUCACCACUUGGCAGAACAAAAAUGACUUACCGACAAUGAAAUUUGAAAAAUCCGAUUCAAAAUUGUCUAACGAAUUUCUUGUGGGAGAGAAUAGCUAUUUUGAAAAGCCUACAGACAGUCCAAAAGAUCUAGGUCAACCAUAUCGCGGUGUUGUUAGUCAUCAACAGGAACCGGAAGUGGAAACAAAUUUAACGAACGUUCCACAAUUUCUUUCGGAUUUGGAUUAUCCUUACUUGACGGUUAAUCAAAAUCUGUCGGAUGAUCCUUAUCGUAGCUUUGAAAAUUCUAUCAACGAUCCAUACGUGCAAACGCCAAUUGCAAACGAACUUGAUUAUUACUCAAAUCCAACCAGAAAUGUAGAUUCUCCUGGUACCAUUGUGUAUAACGUUUAUAGAAAUGAUCUUCAGGAAAUUCCACCAUUCACGGAAUCUUAUCAAAUUUCUGAGUAUCCAUUCUCUCAUUUGUCUUCCGAUUAUCCACAAAAUUUGGUGAGAAAUGAUUUUCAAAAUUUUUGGACUGCUCAACAACUUGCUUCCUAUUUACCCCGUGCUAGAACAAAAAAUUCAAAUCCGCAAUGGACAUUUUCGAAAUAUCCCGAUUUCAAUGACAUGAAUAUGGCAGUAAAAUCGAAAAUACCUUACAAUAAAUAUCCUUUCAAUUUUGGAUAUUACGAAGGCCCAGCGAACAAUUUGAAACCUGAAAACAAUCAAUACUUCAUUCACCCUAAAUUAAUUCAGGAUCAUUUGAGUCGAAAUUCUCGAAAUUUAGUAGUCCCAAAAUAUACGUCUUUUCCUUAUGAACCUCUUUUUAAUGAUCAAAAUCCUAUUGCUUCCCGCUACAUGUCUUUGCUUGGCUACGAACCUCAAAUUCCUGUAGACAAAAAGGAACAAGCACUGACAACAUAUUCCUUGUCACGAAAUCCUUUUGAAAUGAAUCCCUUCGACAGAUAUCCUCGUCCUUCCGUCAAUUACGAAAAAAUGGAUAAUCCACAAAUGAUCCGACCAUACAAUGCAUUCCUAAAUAAACAAAUUUUGGAGAAUACAGACAUUAGUAUGGGAGAUAUGCAGAGGAUGGGUCUACAAGUCCUACCACAAGAGUACCAAGGAUCAUUAGAACGGCAAGAUCUUAAAAGAAAUCAUCAAUUGAAUACCUGGAAAGAAUCGGAAUAUAGAUUACCCGAUAAAAUUCUACCAGAAAAUAACCCCAAAAUAUCAGACCGGUAUUUGUCCUGGAAAUUUCCCGAGAGACAAAAAGUUUCACAGGAUCGUAAAGCUGUCGUGACGUCACAUCCGAAAAGUUAUAAAGACAUCAGUGAGAAUCGAAUGAGCGACAUUGAUCGUUCUUAUAUUUUCCAUAGAGAUGAUUACGUACAGAGGAACGGUCAAGAAUUUACAAAAAGUACCGAGUCACUCCCAACUGAAGAAACUAAAAUAGCCAAUGAUUAUUUAUCAGACAUUGAAUCCUCGACAGUUCCAAAUAAUACUUUUCAACGACAGCCUUCAGAUUAUUUAACUGAUGAGUAUCCAGAAACUUUAAGAAAUAUUCCUCAGAAUAGACAUGUUGAGAGACUAACGGAAAUCUCUAAAAAUAUUGUUACCACCAUUCCAACUGACGAUACUUUGUUGAAAUUUUUGAAAAAUAAUGAAAACGAACGUUCGUCAAACGAUGAGAUCGCCAAUGAGAAUUAUAAGAAUUAUUUUGAAAAUCAAUAUUUUGAAAAUCCAUAUUUUCAAAAGAAUACAGAUUACAUGGAUGUCCCGACAAGGGACUCUUCUCGAUUGAAGAAUAACAGUAAUCAUAUAUUCACAAUGCGUUCGAAUCCUGAAUUCUUGAAAAACCAUUUGAAUGACAAUAAAAAUGAUGCAAUCAACAGUGAAACAACAACGGUCACAAGAGACCAGACGAAAAAUAUAUUUAAAGAUGAAAAGUACGGAGGUUAUGCAGAUUUUCCGAAUAAUUUGAAAACCGUAUAUAAUGUAGCGAACAAUGUGGAACUUAAAAGACUCUUUGGGAAUUACGUUGUGCCGCGUUCGUCAAAUGAUAACAUGACGAUAGAAGAAAUGCCAAAUUCGAAAAGUGAACAGAAGAAUAAUGAUUACGAGGACGAAGAAAGUAUAGUGGACUAUACAGAAAUUGAUAAGGACAAUCGAUUUUCGCAAUUUGUGACAAGGUCCUCAAAUCCAGUUUCAAAAAUUCAAAGUUUUCAAAACGGCGAUAUCGAUUAUACUAACGAACAGUACGAAGAAGAGGAGUACGACGUGAACGAGGAAAAAAGUGAACAAGAUGAACGAUACAAAGAAAAACAAGAAAAAAAAGAAUAAGUGGAUAAUGAUAUACACAAAUAAUUCAUAUAAUAAAAAUCUUGAAUAUUAAUCAAUUCCAAGAGAAGUACAGGUACUUCAAAAACUUCUUGUUAACCAUACACUUGAUACAACAACGUGGUAAUAUAUUACCAACUCGAUCGCAUGCUCAACUAUCUUAUUAUAUUUACUAAUGACUUAAAUGACGAAAGAUUGGGUUUUGAAAUUUGAAACAUGUUUUCCUCUACAUAAACUCCAAAAAAAAAGAAAUCGCAGAAUCCUCAUCAAAUUCUAAUCGUAAAUCAUAUUUCUAUUUUUACUUGUACAGUGUUCGAAAACCAAGGGAAAUUGCAAAGAUUCAUUAUGAAUUUCCGCCGUGUUUAGCAACAGGAUGGUUAGUGCAUGCACGGAUAGUUUGAACAACAUACAUUCCACAAAUAUAUCUCGUACCUAUGAACUUCAUAUCGAAAUACUAUCUGUAGAAAAUCCGGUUUUGCAAAUACGGUCAAUUGUUAUUAAGGAAAUGGGUACCAGUCGAUAAAUUCGCAAGCACUUUUCUCACGGAACGUUUAAGAACAGUAAAAAAAACAAGGCCAUCAAAGUAAAAGGCUUGUAAAUAAAAAAACAAUUGCCCGAACAAAAAUCAACGCGAAACUGAAAAAAAAAAUGUACUUCCAACCAGUCCUACUGGAUUCUGCCGAAGAACCACGCAAUCUGUAACAGCAUAAGCCAAUCUAUAUUGGACAUAUCCAAAAAAUAUAUUUGCUUCACUCUUAAGAUCUUUUUUUGAAAAAAAUUUUAUCAUUGAUUAUAGAAUGUAUAGAGCUACAAUAAAAAUGUCACAGAA